AUGGCUCCAGCUGAGUUGAAAGAGGUAAAGGAGCAGUUGCAAGAACUUUUGGACAAGGGGUUCAUCAGGUUGAGCGUGUCACCCUGGGGGCACUCAGGUCUUUUCGAAUAUCGAUCUGUAGUCCGGGUAUCACUGGCUGAAGGUGAAGCAGAGGAUGUAUUGAAGACUGCUUUCCGAACCCAGUAUGGCAAUUACGAGUUUUUGGUUGCAUUUCUAGGGCACGUGGUGUCCAAGGAGGGGAUUUCAGUUGACCUAGGUAAAGUUGAGGAGGUAGUUGACUGGGUGAGACCAAGGAAUGCGCAAGAGGUUUGUAGUUUCUUGGGUCUGGCUGAGUAUUAUCGUUGGUUCGUCGAGGGCUUUUCUAAGCUGUCGGGCCCUUUGACGCAGCUUACUAGGAAAGGUAGCAGAUUCCACACCAAACUGUGUGUACCAGAAGACACAAAGAUAAAGAGGAUGAUUCUGAAGGAGGCUCAUCGUUCUCUCUAUAUUGUUCAUCUAGGAAGCACGAAAAUGUAUGGAGAUCUGCGAGAAUCGUUCUGGUGGAGUAAUAUGAAGAGGGAAGUGGCCGAGUUUGUUGGGCAAUGUCGGACAUGUCAGCAGGUGAAGGCUGAGCAUCAAAGACCAGCAGGACCACUACAGCCGUUUGACAUUCCCAAGUGGAAGUGGGAACACAUCUCGAUAGAUUUUAUUACGAGGGUUGCUCCUAUGAAAGGAGUGACGAGGUUCGGGAGGAAUGGCAAGUUGAGUCCUGGGUACACUGGGCCGUUCGAGAUCUUAGAGAGGAUAGGUCCAUUUUCUUAUCGGGUAGCCAUACCCCCGACCUUAUCUAGGGUGCAUGAUGUGUUUCACGUGUCGGUGCUGAGGAAGUACGUGCCAGAUCCAUUGCACGUGAUCAGUUAUGAGUCCUUAGAGAUCAGUGAAGCACUAGCUUAUGGUGAGGUACUAGUUCAGAUUUUGGAUCAGAAGGUACGGAGGCUGCGUACCAAGGAGAUACCAUUGGUAAAGGUGCUAUGGCGUAACCACGUGGUUGAGGAGACUUCUUGGGAAUUAGAGGCCGGGAUACGUCAGAAGUAUCCUCAACUAUUUAGAGAUGUUCAAAGUUAG